AUGCCGCUCUCUUCGCGGUUUAUGCGAUGGCUUUGCAUACUGUCGACUCUCGCACCAGCAUUGGCAGCGGGCACCGACGCCUGGAGCACACGGUCAAUCUACCAGACCAUGACUGACCGAUUUGCGCGCACCGAUGGAUCGACUACGUAUCCCUGCAACACCACAGACGGUCUAUACUGCGGCGGAACCUGGCGAGGCAUGAUCAACCAGCUCGACUAUAUUGAAGGAAUGGGGUUCGAUGCGGUCAUGAUAUCUCCUAUUAUCAAGAACAUCGAAGGACGAGUCUCCUAUGGCGAAGCCUACCAUGGCUAUUGGCCAGAAGAUCUAUACUCUUUGAACCCGCAUUUCGGAACCAAACAAGACCUUCUCGACCUAAGCAAGGCGCUCCAUGACCGCGGCAUGUAUCUCAUGAUGGACACCGUCAUCAACAACAUGGCCUACAUCACCAAUGGUUCUGAUCCCAGCACCAGCGUCGACUAUUCCAUCUUCACCCCCUUCAACGACCCCAAGUACUUCCACCCCUACUGCCCCAUCACCGAUUACAACAACUACCCACUGGCCCAAGCCUGCUGGACCGGCGAUGAUAUCGUCGCGCUCCCCGAUCUCAAGACCGAGGACCCCACCGUCCAAUCCAUCCUCAACACCUGGAUCCAAGAGAUCAUGACCAACUACUCCAUCGACGGGCUCCGUCUCGACGCCGCCAAACACGUCACCCCUAGCUUCCUCCCCAUCUUCCAAAAAGCCGCCGCCAACUCCUUCAUCACAGGGGAAGUCUACGAUCAAUCCGUCGACACCAUCUGCGACUAUCAAACCAACUAUCUCCCCAGCGUUCCCAACUACCCAGUCUACUUCGCGCUCCUAGACGCCUUCACGCGCGGAAACACAACCACCCUCCCCAACAUCGUCGAAGACAUGAAACACGCCUGUCCCAACGUAACCACCCUGACGAGCUUCUCGGAAAACCACGACGUCGCGCGCUUUGCCAGCCUCGUACCGGACAUAAACCUCGCCAAAAACCUCCUAACCUACACGCUCCUAACCGACGGCAUCCCCAUGAUCUACCAAGGCCAAGAACAGCACCUCAACGGCGCCUACGACCCCCUAAACCGCGAAGCCUUGUGGCUCUCAUCCUACAACACCACCACCCCAUUAUACCAACACAUCCGCACCCUCAACCGAUUCCGAAAACACAUCAUCCAGCACAUCGACCCCCGCUACCCGGGUACGCAAUCCGUGCCCAUCUACCGCGGGUCGAGCGAAAUGGCCUUUCGGAAGGGGAAAAUGGUCAUGUUGUUGUCGACGCAGGGGACCGAGAGUGGAAGGUAUACGGUGCGUUUGGUGAAUGGGUUUCAGCCCGGGAUUGGGGUGGUCGAGGUGGUGACGUGUAAGAAUUAUACGGUUAACGAGAGGGGGGAGGUGUGGAGCAUUAACAUCAGAAAUUCCAUCGGAUUUGUCCGCCCCAAUGGCCCCGUAUCGGAGCUGCGUGGCUAA